CCUCCACUUUCUCGACUAUUCUCCGGUGAGCCGCUUCUGCUUACUUUGUACGCGGCCACCACGAAUCACCGGUCGGCGAUCGCAGUUCGCUCCCGUUGGGCAUUGUACCUCCUGGGCGCCGGGUGCUCAUCCGCGAAGACGGGACUCAAGGCCGCGCUCGCUGGACUUGCGUAGCGCCCUCACCCCGGCGUGCGUCGACUGUUCGUGACCCCUCUUCGGAGGGUGGAGUGUGUCACUCAUGAGGACGGUGUGGCUGCUUGUCCCUCUUCUGGGUGUCUCCCUCGCCGCGUCUCUCGGUGACAUCGAGCCGAGCAGCCUGAUAGGUCGCAGGGAGCUCCGACGACCCGCGCUGUUCCUGGAGGCCCAAAGAGUCAGCAAUGGUGCCGCCGGCAGGCGCCAGGGUGUCCUGUUCAAGACCUUGUCCAACUUCGGUGGCCGUAGGAGGCUGUCCGCUCCUUCUGGGCCCGAGGUAGCUGCGUCAGUGGAUCCUGCUUCCAGUGAAAGCACCUCCGACGAUGCUGUGGCCAGUCUCAUCAACCACUUCGGAGGCGUGAUAAACCAGAAGCGCCGACUAGGAGACGACGACGCUGUCUCUGAAGAUGGUGACGAACUCGUCACGGGCUCCUCGGGUACAAAGAGCCCGCUGCUUGGCGCAGGCUUCGACGGCAAGCCAUCCGUGUCCGACGAUGGCCCAGCGUGGACUCCCACUUACGGGGGCAGCUACCGCAAGGAGCCGGAGCUGCAAAGCAACUAUAAAGCCCUUCUGUCGGAGCCAGACUUCGGUCCCAGCGUCCCACGGGCAAGUGCAACACUCGUAGGAGGUAGUGCCGUUGGCGUGCAGGCUGCUGCUGAAGGCACCACCUCCAACAAGUCCACCAAAGACGGCGCGUCUGAACAAGACAAAAAUUUGAGUGAGAUUAUAACAGCAAAGAGUGAAGACUCGAAAGACUGCAAGGACAAAACUACAAAAAAAGAUGCGGAAGUACUUUCAAGCACCGGCGACGAUGCACCCGUUAUGCAUUCGGAAAUUGGUGCUUUUGCCGGAAACACGGCAUCUGAGACGUCAGAUCAACAGCCAGCGCCUUCGAAGGGCGCACCAGAUCUACCUGAGCAUGUUUCCGAUGAGGAUGAUGAAGACUACGAGGACGAUGAAGAAGAUUACGAGGACGACGAAGAGCAUGCGCAAGCUGGUGAUGCCACCAAAAAGGAUAACAUUCAUGACGCCACCCCCGAACCUACAACAGUGAGGACUGCAAUAAACGAAACAUCAAGUCCUGAUGCUGAACCAAGACUUUCUAUCGGUGAACAAGGAGCCGAUGCAGUUACGAAGGUUUCCCAAAGUUCUCAGCUUACCAAUGCCAAGAAUGAGCAAACUUAUGUGCCGUCCACCGCAGCUACCUUGACCCCAUCCCAAGAUAACGCUGCUGUUUUUUCCGCUCGCACCGAAGACGUUGAGACCUCGCAGCUAACAGAAAAACUGAGCCCGGGCACACAGGCGCCAGCUAGUAUGCCAAUAUCUACCGCUUCGAUUCUCAGUUCGGAACAACAGGAUCCUCGGGAACAACAGGAGCUUACCCCCACAGUUUCGUCUCUAGAAGUUGACUCAAACGUUCCAGGGCUGCAACAUCGAGUGGUGAAUGGUGUCAGCCGUGAAGCCGCAGAAGCAGAGAUAAUCGCUAUCCUAAAGCUGCGUGCUGGGAAAAAUGGCACAUCAGAACAACCGAGCACGCAGUCAGAUACUGUGAGUGGAAGUGAGUCCGGAAGGGAAAAUGCUGGUAUUUCUACAGACACUUCUAUACACACCACCGUGAACGAACAAGUGAACGUGCCACCUGCGAUUAAUCAGAAAGGGCCUGGCACUUAUGAUCCCGCAACAGAAUAUUCUUAUCAAGGUGGCAGUGUGGUACUAGUGGAUCGUGGCGCGGCGUCAGAAGCAGGACAAGGAAACGUGCCACUGUCAGGCACGGGAGACUUUAGCGAACAUGCUGUGCCGGAAAGCGUCAUCUCUGACUACGGCAGUCCAGAUGGAGUGGGAGUGUUUUAUUCCCUGGGCAAUAUUGCAAGCCAUGGUUCUUUCCCAUCUGACACGGCUGCAUUUGUGGCAGAAACACCCGCUAUGGGACUGCCGCAAGCCAGUAAACAACAAAAUGGAACUCUCUCCUUGGGAUCCUUAAAUAACGAAACAGCACAAAAUGUGUCGACGAAGAUGACCGGUGAGGAGGUUGUAUCACAAGAACCUGGCAAAAAUUCCACGGACGUAGGGACGUACCAAAUGGCUUUGCCUCUCGAUGGAACCAUUGAAGGCGCCGAGCAAAAAACUGUUGAUGACGCACAAAAAACGCACACUGCUGAGGGCAAUUCAUCAACGUCGUUCUUCGCCGGCACAGACUCAGCGAGCAUGCCGAGUGAAAAGAAGUUGUCGGUUAAUGAUUUAGAAAAGCCGACGGGCAUAAGCACUAAACCGGGAUUUCAAGGGAUAAGCAUCAAUAUUACGGACGCUCAAACUCCGAUUGACGUGAGCGGGAUUGUUAUGACAUCCGCCAAGAAUGAGAGCAGUACGCCACCUCGCCCCAAGCCUUCCACGACCAUCACUGACAGCACGACAGCUGUUGUCGUUGAAGGCGGAAACCCGGACGCACCUAUUGAUGUCAGUGGCAUAGCUACCUCCUCGGAGACACCAACCGAUGAGGAGACACCCAAUCAAGUAUCUACAGAAUCAGAUGCUGGUAGCGUUGCUCUGAAACCUCUGCAAAAUGAAACAAGGCUGUAUUCUAUUGACAACAGUGCAUCCACCAAAACAAAAGAUGAUUGCAAGGAUGGUGAUGCUGGGUCAAGUGCGGCCAAAAGUCCACAUGGGGAGCCUGUACUUUUCGGUGCUGCUCUUGAAACGACGGCCGUUGGAGCUACUGGUCCUGCUGCUGACGAGCACAUUUCACCUCCUCAAAAAGAAGUUCUAUCGAGUGGUGCGACAGCAAAUGUAUCGAAGGAGAACCGUACAGAACAAAACAACGCGCCUUCUAAUGAACCAACUGAGAAGAAUGCUACCAAUGACUCAGUACCAAGCCAAGGGAACUCCAUGGGUAAUGGCAGCGAAAGUCAGUCGCAGCAGAUGUCCCUAGGUUUUGGAACCGGAUAUUCCGUUGAAAUAAAGCUGGCAGUUACUGAUGACAACGAAACUAGCACAAGCUCAACACCACUGACGACGGGGGACAAAGUCAUGGCGUCAAUACCCGGAAACAAUGAAGCAAAAUUGUCUUCAGUGACAUCAGCGUCAGAGGUCACCCCUCCUUCUGCAAGAACAAUGACUAGCGAAUACAAUGAUAGAGAAUUAGGAGGUGUAGAUGCACCUGAGCCCAUUUCGAGUAACGUAGACAAACCCACGGAGGAAAGUAUUGCGACUGUCGUCAGCCAGAUGAUGGGUUCGAAUGAGUCGUCCAAGUCAGCUAGCGUUUCAUCUCAGAGUGAAAACAACGUCCUGUUGUCAUCCGUUAAGCACACACCGCUUCCCAUUUCAAGCGUAAGCAUUUCUCCAGUGGGACAUUCGACAGCCACGCUUCCAGCCCUUGGAUACGCUACAGUAAAAGAAAUUCAGAUUGCCUCACAGCCAGCACUUGCGCCUAAGCUAAAAGGACCGCCUUCAACAAGCGCUAGCACGUCAGCUGACAAUGAGCAGGAAAGCAGCCAACAACUUAAUAAAGGUGAAGUUGUCGAACGCGUUCUAAAGCAAGACAACGCGUCGCAGACUAUGCCGCCACGCAUAGAAGCCGCACAAACUGUCACCACACCACCUGAGCUGGCAACUGGUGCCAUCUUCACUGUUGACCAAAUUAGAAGUGAUAUCACGGUUAGCACUGAGGCAGCCAUCCCUCAUGGAGCACCCGCUGAACUGACAUCAACUCCUGCAAGUUCAAACACUGUUGUCGCACACAAUGAAACAAGUACGCCGUUGGUAGAAAACCCAGUUACCGAACCAACAUUAUUUGUCAGUGGCUCAGGCGUAUUUGCAGAACAGCCUCCCAAGGAACACGCACCUGACGUACUGUCCGUUUCUACAGAAACGCCAGUUGUUCCCGCUGAAAAAGAUGACGUUCCAGCACAAUCUCUUAAUGAAACCAAAUUUGUACUUGGUGCAGCGCCUGAAGGGGUUCUUUUAAAUGUCGUAAUCAACUCUAGUGAAGUCGCACAACAGGCGUCAAUUGAAAAUGUGCCACAGAAUGAAAGUUCCUCCGUUGAAAUGUCCUUGGUUUCUGUAAGCAAAGGUUUGCUGCUCGAAAAAGUCAGCACAAGCACAGACACUCCUCAAGAAGUCACUUACACUGAGGCGCCGUCACAUGCGCCAAGCGCUAAACCCACCGAGGCGCUAGCUUUGCAAAAUAGCACGCCUGCUGUAGAGAGCCUGACGACGGAAAAGCCAUCGACUUCUACACACGUGGAUGUGAGACAGGAAACCACACCAGCGAGCACGCCCGCGCCCUCAAGCUCGACAACUCCUCGACCAACUACGACUGAAAAUCCUGAUGUGGCCACAAUGCAGACCGCCACUGAAGGCACCAUGGAAGUUUCAAGCACAACGGAACGCGCAUCUUCGCCUGACACAACUGUAGCCACACCUACACUGCCGACUGUACAUUUACCAAGAAGACCGCACAUUACGCAAUUGGGUCAUCCCAAAAGACCACUAUUUCCAGCACGGCCAUCCAGCUUCUCCACUACAGUUGCACAGAGAAGGUUACGUCCAUUGGAUCGGGUUAGCAGCGAAAGGAGCCAGGCCCAACCAACAAGUACUCAGACACCAAUCUCCCACCCAGUCCUAAGCAGUGCAAAUAAUCGUCCUGCUGACGAAGAGGAACAUGCAGGCUUACCAGUCACUGAAAUGCCGAACACACCUUUAAGACGACCCCACUACCGGAGACCCGUAACUGGUGAUGGCCAUGUCACGACCAGUGGCAAAGUUCCCGGAAGACAUACGGGCAGGCGACGGAAGCCUGGCAGUAGAGGUGGCAAGCGCCGAACCACGACGACACCUCCCCCACAGGGCACUACGACAGUGGCAACUGAUUACUUUGAAGAGACCAAUCCUGGACACUCCGCAAAUGUGCAAUUUGGAGCACGUAUAGGUACUCGUGUGCCGCAGGGCACGCGCAGACCUGUGCCGACUACGCAGCAAGCUUUCGGAGAUUCAGAACCAGUACCCACAGAUAUAAACCCCAAUCGCCCCGCGAAACCUCGUAGGACAAAAAGGCCUAAGACGCGGCCCGUCACGCGACCGCCUGGUACAGAAUACAAUGAUGUUCGGUACACAUACACUACCCCAACUUUUGUCAUGACUAGAGUUUCUGUAGAUAAGGAAGCGGCCUACGAGACAGCACACGAGGCUUACAUUACAGAUGUUUCUCCGGCUUCUACCACUUAUCGUACGAAGUCGCCUCUUGUUGCCGAAGUGACGCUGCCUUCGACAGAAUCGGCUGACAGAAAUGCCGUUUCCACUGUGGAGUACGACGAACCUUUAAACGAUGAGCCAGAUGUGCCAAACACAGCUGCACCUAACCAACAAGCAUCUGCGCAUUCUGAUACUGUCCCAGCGCAGACCGAAUCCUUCGACGAGCAGCUACUGCAGAAUGAGCAUGACGUAAACGUUCGCGGUGGUGUCACCAAGGGAACAAGUGAAGUUCCUGAAACUCCUGAUGCCAGAACUGAUGGCCCAGUAAGUCGCAACAAUGGGGCUCCUGUGGUUAUUGACAAUGAAGAUAGAGUGGCACCUGGAAUCUCUUUGGGUCCAAACAGUCCUUCAUUUUCAACGUUGGAACCUACAACUCCGUACGGCUCGAAAUUGAGCGUUGGUGCCAGUGCUACAUCUGAAACUCCGAGCGAUAUUGGAAGAGGAAUGAGUCAUGUUGAAUAUACCGAGUCCAGUGUGACAGAUGGCCUGCCAGCGGAAGUUCAGAAAGUAGUCAGUGAAAGAGUUCAAGACGUGCUAGUCACAGCUGGGGAAAUCGCAAAUGAUUCACAAAAGGCUGUUACACAAGCCGCAUACACUGGGCCAAGCACGUCAGGUGCAACACAAAGCGAUUUCGAAAGAGGAGUCAGUGAAGAGUUUGGUACUGAUGGUACAUUCAGCCCUAACCGUUACCAUCUACAGCAUCCCACAACGAGCUUGCCGACACGGGAACCUGCAAAAGAACCUGAAAAUACAGUGGCGAAGAGCCCAGCAGGCGAACCUACCAGUGCAGCAACGGCAAACGAAGCCUUGCCAUCGACUCCCGCAUUCGACAUAUCCCGAAUUACAACCACUACAACACCGAAGCCUGUACAGGAGACACAUUCGACAACGACAAAGCAGCCAUCUUACCCGCCUCUUCCAAAACAGCCGGCUAACCCAGUGGCCGUGUUUUUGGUCGGAGGGCCCGGACAAGACCAAAGUAAUACGCCGGCACAGAAAGGCGCAUCUGAGACGACAAAGGCUCCUCAAACUACAGUAUUAUCUGAAGAUUAUGGUGCUGGAGGUCCACUACAAGGACGACCGCCAUCUGACACAUCUAGAAUUUCACAAGUUGCUCCAUUCUCUACGACGAAAAGGCCAGAGCUAGACGUUCCUCCAAGUUUUCUUAUUCCGAACAACCCAAGGCAACCACAGGCGGCUGUAUAUGGACAAACCGGAAAACCGGAUCGGUUGGCGCAAAUUAACCCAGCAGCAGUGGUCCCGAACACUCCAGGCACUGACUAUCUGCCUGGCACGAGAGUGAACAUAGCUCAACAGCAGAACACCGCGGUCUCGUCUAGCACUCCGACAAGUCGAGCCCCAUAUAGCACACUUAGGCCUCAGUCAGCAUACGUCGGUGAACCUGCGUCGGAAACGACAGGGAGUGGUUUUCCUAUCCCACUACAACGAGGCAAUGCCGUACCAAAUGAAACAAGACCAAGGCCUCCGCCAUCUGUUUUUGAUCCACCCCAAAAUUAUUUAUCAACUGUCUAUUCGGAUGGUGCUUCGAAGACUCGACCACUAGGAACAUUGACGAAGCAGCCAAGCAAUGGAAGCGUUCCACCAAGCGCUGGAGCAAGUAUCAUACAGCAAGCUCGCCCACCGGCCCCUACUACCAAGUUUCCUAUUUCAUCAACUAGCCGACCUCGCGUACCGACUUCAUACGUUCCACAGCCUGCUUUCUUGGAACCUCUCGGUCUCCAAGUCCGUCCGUUUAUUGUCCCUGAAAGCCAGAAACAAGCUUCAGGUUCGCAAUCUCGGAAGCCAGCAAGUUACCUGCACUCCUUAGGCCUAGAGCUGAGCAAGUAUCAACUCCAUACUGUACAACUGCCACCUGUGCCAACAGAGCACAGAGAGACCGCUGACGGCAAGGUACAGACGUUAACUGUCCAAGGUUCGCGUGGGCCUAGUGGACAAACCCAUCAAGGUACUACAUCUAGCACCGUUCCAAGACCCAAUCCACCCACGUAUAGUGAUGGCACACCAAUUAGACCAAAUCCAAGUCAACCAAAACGACAACCAAAUGUAUCACAAGGCCAACAGGCAAUAUCCGCAUAUGUACAGCCCUUAGGAUUGCAGGUUGCUUAUUUCCCAGAAGGGCAGCGCAAUUCUGCCAAUAACGCCGCAGCCUCUUCAGGUUUUCCUCAGUCCGGAGCCCGUGUGCUACAAAAUGUACAGCCAGCUCUUCCAAAGCAGGCAGCGCUAAAACGUCCGCAGGUCCCAGCUAUAAAGAGCCAGCAGCAGACAUUCACGCCUGUGCAGCAAGCUCAACGGAUUCCAUUCAGAGACGCAGGUCUUUCUGGUGUGCGGCAACCUAUACGUCAAAACAAACCGGGAGCUGGUUUAGCUCCUGCUGCAGGUUAUCCCACUGAAGCGCAAGUCCAGGGCUUCGUUGCGCCAAAAGCACCGCUUAGCGCACUGGCUGUUCAACGAGCGUCCACCGCCAAGGUUCCGCCUCGAGCUAGCAAUCCCUCAGAAACUUUGCCAACCACUCAGCAGCCCAGGCCAUUCAGCCUUCCUCAAGGGCAACAAGGUCAGAGGGCACACAUAGGCCAAGCCCACACACGGAUAUACUUUUCUCCUCCAGUUCCCGCGAAUAAAAAUGGUUCGAAGCAACCUCCGCUACCAAUCUCGCCCUUCUUUUUGAGCAUUCGACAUGAUCAAGUCGUGCAAGAGAAUGGUCCUUUCCCUGAUAUAGGCAAGACAUUGAACUUGAAGCAAUUGAUUCCGGCUGACAUUGUUCUGCCCGUACAGAAGACAGCGCAGCCUACUCGAGCAGCCGCAGUUCCUAGGAAGCCGAGCGCCGCUUCUGAAGCACUUCUUCAGAUUCCACAAACAUCACGGCCAACUCGCGUCAAAUCACAGAAGGCGGCAGUAUCUGCUCCAAUCGCAGCAGCAAGAAGACCUUCAUUUUCCCCGAACUAUGCUCCUCCCACUGAGAAGCAGGGUGUAGUUAGGCAAAUAAUACUAAGCCCAGCAACGGGACCUAUACCUUACCAGCCGAAAUCUAUUGUGCCUGUUAGCCAACCAGCUGCCCAGCAAGGAACUCAAGGCGUGUACAAAGUCAGCACGUACGUACCUGUCGCAUCAGCUUCUCUUCCAGGAAGGCCAGGCCUCACUGCUACUUCAUACGUACCAACCACGCCCGAUGGCCAGGUUCUAAAGGUCACGUCUGUUGAAAAACCAACGCAUUCCAGCGUCAGUCAGGUUGCCCAAAACGGCGCUCAGGGUGCCGUCGUAAGAGCAGUAAGCGCGCCCGGUGCACUUCGACAACAAUUGAAUGGUCCGGUUACCGUUGCGCAGCCCUCCCCCGCUUCUGUGGUUGACAGCACCCCCGUGCAGGUCAAGCCAACUGCGAACGUUCACCUUCCGCAGGGUCUCGUGCAAUCCCCGCAACAGCAGGUCGUGCAAGUAACUUCGUACGUGCCACAAGGAAGCCCGCAGGCCCACCAACCACAGCGUGCCUACUUGCAGCAAAUUCCUGCGCAGCAACCUUACUCAAGAGCCCAACAGCCCACACUCGGAUUGCAACUGCCGGUCUUCUAUGCUGCCGCCCCACAGCCGUCGGCUCCAGCAAACUACUACCCUAGUGCCGCCGGGGUCAUAGGCCACAUCAGGCAGUACCCUCCACAGCAGUUCCAAACCGUGUACGCGGUACCGCAGGCUGUAAGAACCUCGGGCACCAACGCUCUCGGGACGUCGCAGCCAGUUUACGCGUCCAGGGGAAACCCCAGUUUACAACCCGCUGUCGCACCGACAGGAAACGCACAGGGCUUCGCACCGAUAGUGUACGCUAGGCCACCCGUGACACUGAUCGAAAGAAGGCCGUUCUAUGGCUAUCAGCAACCUGUAUAUGUGGCGGCAUCUUCGCGGCAGCUGGCUCAAAGCUCGCCUAGACUGACAGGCACCGUAAACCAGCUCCGGCAGCCACUGACCUCAAGCUUAGGCUAGACACGUGUUAACGGUCCUAGGUAAAACGUAUUUAAACGCUCUUCUGAGAACAAUGUUCUGUACGAAAAGAGCUCCGAUCAAAUGUUGAGUAUACAAGUGAAAGAUGUCCUGAAAUAUUCAGCAGCAAACGCGACCAAUUCCAACAAGCGUUCCUCUCGGGCGUGGAGCAUUGGAUGAGAGGGUGCCUGCCCGUUGGUCAGUGUAUGCAUGACUGGCUACUGUGCCUUUUAGGAGGCCCGUUACACGUAAGUGAUAAAAUAAACUCCGACGGAAUGGAGCACACAAUAGCGAAGAGACCCAACUGCACAGCUCCAUGUCAAUGGAUGUGUGCGGUUAGCAAAAGUGAUGUUGAGGCGAUAUGACUUUGCGACCGUCUUUACUUACGUCUUCAGGCAGAAAAAUAACCCCCGUUUUCCACGUGAAAGAUGCCAAAACGCCUGAAGCGCAGUGGCCGCUCUUGCGGCCACUGCGCAAUAGAGGCGGCAAUAAAGCCGAACAAGAAAUUAGAGUACUAUUACUUCUAACAAAAAAAACUAGCAUAAGUAAGAUUCCUAGCCGUAUUUCAUUCAUUGUUUUACAAGACUAUUUAGAAUACACGAAAUUUCUAGGAUGUCGAAACAAAGACCAGGGAAAGAUGCUAUAUCUGCCGUGUGACUCGGGAACACACUAUACUAAAGAUAAAGCCAGCGUCAUGUUGUUGGUUUUAGAAACAGGCACAUACGUAGUGUUUCGGCACAGUGGCAAUUGUUCAAGCUGCGAUUGUUUAAGCUGCGAUUGCAAGAAGUCUUUAUUUUUGUGCCGCUGUUUUCUUGUUUCAUUUUUUUUGUAGCAAUCGUCUUGUCACAAUCAACGUGUCCGGUAAUGAGUUUGUCGCGCAUUUUUUUGUUUUGUGCACAGUGGAUGUUCUUGAGCGCGAGAGUGUUAAUUAUGUGUGAAUGCAGUCAACGUUGCGUAACGUAUGGUUGUGAUUUAUGUUACAAAAUAAAGUUGUUUUGAACACCCA